AUGUUCAGCACGUGGAGCAGUACCGAUCACCACGAUGCUUCGUCGCCCGCCGCAAAGCGGCAUUGCGAUUCAGAGAGACAACACGGACGCCAUGCCUCCAAGGCCACGCGAGCUUGUGAUGUCUGCAAGGCAAAAAAAGCUCGAUGCACCGGAGCGAGGYCAUGUGCCACAUGCGCGGAAAGAAGCCUUCGUUGUACCUAUGAAAGCAGCUACCUUCGAGGUCGCCCUCCGACCCCUUUAUCCCCAGUAGUUGCUGGCAAUAAUGAUCCCCAGUACCACGCUCCAUCUAGCACAACAACCACYAGCGUACUACGGGACGAACAGGCCAUUUUUGCAACUAACACGCCAUACGCGAGCAAUGAAAUCCGAGAUGGCACGCCUCUACCAUUUCCAGGUCCAUCCCGCAAUACUGAUGCCGGUCGAUCGUCCAGGAACUCGCCUGAUCCCGCAGCGACCAUCGGGAACGGACAAUAUGUUGAUCACACCUCUGCAUUAAGCUUUCUGCAUAGAGCGUACGCCAAGUCGAAGGUUGGAAAGGCACAUGAUUCUAGUCAUACCGGAACAUCAAGCCAACCACUUACUGCGGCUGGAGACAAGCCCCUCCUUGGCCCUUCUUCAGCUGGAACAACCGUCAAUCCCACCAUCUUGCCUCCCAUCCCCAAUGCUGUGGAAAGUAAGGAUCUGUUCGAUCUUUAUUUCGAAGUGUGCGUGGCCACUUACAAGCCUCUCCAUCGCCCGACGACCGAGAAGUGGUACCAGCAGAUUCUGGCGAACAUUGAUCAAGGCUUAACGCUGACAGAUAAUAUUGGCAAUGCUAGAGUAGCAGUGUUGCUAGGAGUUUUUGCCAUUUCAACUUUCCAUCGUCAGAAGUCUCGAGGGUUCUCCGAGGACAUUCCAUCUCUAUCGCAAAGUGACGCUUUCUUCAAGGUCGCAGCGAAUCUCAUUGAAACAGAGACUGGAGAACCGACGUUAGAAUCAGCACAAGCUAGGAUCUUGCAGGUCUUCUAUUUACUGAUGACCUGUCGUAUGAACCAGGCUUGGUACAUAUUCGGCAAUCUGCUGCAAAUCAUAUCCGCCCUCGGCAUGCAUAGACGCAGCAGGAAGGACAAGCUGUACUCCCGCUCCCGCUCUCGCUCCAAUUACAUUCAUUCGCAGUGUAGGAUUCGGACCUUCUGGUGCGCCUACAUCUUGGAUCGAUAUCUCGGGGUCGUUAUGGGGCGUCCAAGGCACUUUCAUGACAAAGACAUUGACCAAGAAGAACCUGCUCGCGUUGAAGACGUUGACAUGUCGGCCAGUGGCCGAAUAUCAAGUGAGGGUGAUGAGACCGACGAAUGCCAUAUCGAUGGCUUCAUAUGGAACAUUAAGCUCGCACAGUUCGUGGGUGAGGUUUCUGAUGAACUAUAUCCAAUCAGGCCACUCCCGGAGGCUGCAUGUGUCGCUGCUGCUCGGAGACUCGCCGUCAAGCUUGAGGAGUGGCAUAAGUCCUUGCCGGCCUUGUUGAAGGCAAAUCCUAAGCAUUUGAUAAGAAGCUUCCGACGGCAAUGCGUAGCGCUCAAGUUGGCGCACAAGCACGCCGUCAUGCAUCUCUACAGGCCUUUCUUAUUGAACCGCUCGAACAACACAGCGUUAUCCAGCGACGACGAAGACAUCCAGCUAUUCCGGCGAGAAAGUAUCAUAGCGUGCACCAGUGCUGCCAAAGUUGCAUUGAGUACAGUGGACGCCCUCGCACAGGAAGGGCCUAUCUUCCAUGCCUUCUGGUGGACACACUAUAUGACUUUCUGCGCCUUGUCGGUCACGUACGUGUGGAACUUACAACWGGACCAAUCCCUUGAAGCGUCCGAAAAGGAGGCAUUGCUAUCUCUGGCUGCACGCUGUCAAGUACACCUUGCUCAGGCUACAGCAACAAACUCACCGAGUCGCCGCUAUAGCAUCAUCUUGGAAGAGCUCGGAGGCUUGUCUGCCAAUCAACAUCCAACGGUUGCCCAAAGUCUCGGAACAGAAAUGCAGCGCCGAGAAAAUCGCGAGCGAAUUACCGCCACGGCAACGACCCACGCAUUCGAUACUAAUGUGUUUGCUCAAAGCGACAUGUCUUUGCAACUCCAGGAUCCCUUCUUGCAUUGGACUGCUUCGGAUUGGUUGGAUCUUGAUGCUUCAGCAUACGGGUUGAUUCCAGGACUGAGUCCAGAUUUCCAAUGGCUGGAUGCAACUUGA